AUGAUCAAAUAUCGAGCACUUCUAAUUCUGCUGCUGCCCCUAGCUGAGUGGGUGUUCUGCAUAACUCCGGACGCACAGCUGAUAAAAUCCAUCACAAAACAUGAUCUUCCCGUCGAACUUCACAAGGUUGUCACGGCGGAUGACUACGUCCUAACCAUGAUUCGCAUUCCUGCCCCGGGAAAACCACCGUUGCUACUCAUGCACGGUUUGCUCUGUUCGUCGGCGGAUUACACGAUUCUAGGUCCAGAAAAAUCACUUGCAUCACUAGCGUACAAAGCCGGAUACGACGUUUGGCUGGGAAACAACCGGGGAAAUACCUUCUCGAGGGUGCACAAAAAGCUGGAUGUGAAAUCGAAAGAGUUCUGGGAGUUCAGUUUUGACGAGUUUGCUCUGUAUGAUUUACCAUCGAUGGUGGAUUACGUUCUGAACCGAACACGGCAGACCAAGCUUCAUUACGUUGGAUUCUCGCAGGGGACAACCCAAUUUUUCGCGAUGAAUAGUCUCCGUCCGGAGUAUAAUGCCAAAUUCAUCAGCGCCCACUUGCUAGCUCCGGUUUCGUUUCUUCAUCGCGCCACUAAUCCAGCCAUGUUUCUCGCGUCCCGAAUCAAUGAACUCGAGGUCAUAGCCGAUAUGACUAACGUCUACGAUAUCGCUAGCAGGGGUGGGCCGCUUGUAGAUACCAUCGUUCUUGCCGUCAAAACUGGCUUCGUUCCGCCGGAUUUAGUUCUGAUCAAUAUUUGGUACUUUUUCGGAUACCACGAUUCAAUCAAUCGAACAAUGAUUCCCGAAUUGGCGGAAUACACUCCAGCGGGAAUUUCCUUGUAUCAAUUCCUGCACUACUUACAGGUGUACAACGCCAAAUCAUUCCAACGGUACGACUUCGGGAAGAAGAAAAACCUCAAGCGCUACGGUCAAGUCAACCCUCCAGACUAUCCCCUGCACAAGGUCGCCGCACCGGUUUAUCUGUAUCACAGCGAGAAAGACAACCUGAACCACCCCAAAGAUGUGGAAGAGCUCGUCAAACGACUUCCGAAUGUGAAGCUGAAGUUCAAGGUUCCGAUGGCGGAUUGGAAUCAUCUGGAUUUUAUCUACUCCAGCGAGGCGCACCGCCUCUACCAGGUUAUUAUAUCCGAGCUGAAGAAACUGCGAGCGAAACAAUUGGGAGGAUAAUCUUUACAACCCACCGCAAUCAGGUCGUGCGUUUUUUUUCGCGCAGUGAUUCAAUGAUUUAUUUACCCUUUUUUGUUCAUUUUUUUUUUUGUUGGUGGAAGGGUACAUGGCAUUGAGUGGUUUCACCCCGUAAAA